AUGGCGCUCAGAACCGGAGCAUGUGUUUUGCGGUACAACGCGCUGCGAACCACUGCACGGUCGUUGUUUACACGCACACAACCGGAAUCCACACAAAAUAAUGUCAAGCCCGCCGAAUUCCCGGGCGCCAAAGCCCCAUACGUGACGGAAAUGAAGUUUCUCAACGAAACAAGCUAUGACCCCAUUCCUAUCUAUCGAGUGAUGGACAACAAUGGCGCUGUUUUCGAAAGUAAAGAGGAACCGAGUAUCGAGAAAGAUACUCUAAUUCAUAUGUAUAAAAUUAUGAUACAGUUGUCGCAGAUGGACAAGAUUUUGUAUGAAUCGCAAAGACAAGGUCGGAUAUCUUUCUACAUGACAAAUUAUGGAGAAGAAGGUAUUCACGUUGGCAGUGCGGCUGCCUUGAGUCCAGAGGACCUUGUGUUUGCCCAGUACCGUGAAGUUGGAGUCUUUCUCUAUCGCGGGGUCACUGUGACCGACAUUGUGAACCAAUGUUAUGGAAACGUAGAAGAUCUUGGCAAAGGCAGGCAGAUGCCCGUGCACUACGGCAAUAAACAACAUAAUCUUGUGACGAUUUCUAGUCCUUUGGCCACUCAAAUGCCGCAAGCAGUAGGCGCAGCGUAUGCGCUAAAACGUCAAGAAAACAACGAUCGGUGCGUGAUCUGUUACUUUGGAGAUGGCGCUGCAUCCGAGGGGGACGCUUUUAGUGCCCUCAACUUCGCCGCUACUUUAGAUUGUCCUAUCAUUUUCUUAUGCAGAAACAAUGGUUAUGCCAUAUCUACUCCCACGAGUGAGCAGUAUCGCGGUGACGGUAUAGCGUCUAGGGGCCCAGCGCUGGGCAUCCGCACCGUACGAGUGGACGGUACUGACCUGCUGGCUGUGUACAAUGCUGUGAAAGAGUCCAGGGAGUUCGCUGUGAAGAACAACAAGCCGGUUUUAAUUGAGGCUAUGUCUUACAGGGUCGGACAUCACUCAACUUCAGAUGACAGCACAGCUUACAGAUCUAUUGAAGAAAUACAGAAAUGGACCAAUGACGAAAGUCCAAUACCGAAAUUCAAAAUGUACUUGGAAAGCAAAGGUCUAUGGGAUGCAGAGCUAGAGAAGUCUUGGGCGAAGGAAUCGAGAGACACGGUACUUAGAACAAUGCAAGUGGCAGAGAAAAAGAAAUUACCACACUGGAAAGAGAUGUUAGAAGAUGUUUACUAUGAGAUGCCCUCUAGAAUUCAAAAACAAAUGCAAGAAAUGGAGAACCAUUUGAAGAAAUAUUCGGAUAAAUAUCCGCUUAAUAAAUUCCAGAGUGAUUGA